AUGCAUUGCCGAGGUCCCGAAGACCGUAGGGAGGACAAGCAGCCCCCACGCGAUGGCUCACCGGGCUACGGCCCCAACAUCGCCGGGGUGAUCAACACCAUCGCGGGAGGACCAACGGGAGGAGACAGCCAGAACUCCCGGAAGCGGACCUACCGCCAGGCCGAGAUGGAGGUGGCCGAGCCGAGCUCUCGGCUGUCCGAGGUCAUCACCUACGGCCCCGCUGACCCCGUUCCUGCGGCCUCCAGCAAUCAUGAAGCUCUUGUGAUUGAAGUCCUCACCAACAACUACGUAGUCAAAAAGGUCUACGUAGACCCCGGAAGCUCGGUAGACGUCUUGUACUACCGGACUUUCGAAAGUUUGAAACUGACCAAGGAGCAACUCACUCCUGUCAGGACUCCCCUCGUGGGAUUCGGGGGACACGUCGUCCACCCGGAAGGCAUGUUGACCCUGGUGGUAACAAUCGGGCGUCAUCCACGCUGCCGAACUGUGCCUGUCAGUUUUGCGGUGGUCAAAGCAGACUCCCCCUACAAUAUGCUGAUAGGCCGGCCCACGCUCAAUGCCUUGAGAGCCGUAUACUCCACCUACCACCUGAGCUUUAAAUUUCCAACCUCUGCGGGGGUGGCCGAGGUAAGCAGCGAUGUGGGCGCCGCCCGGGAAUGCUACCUCGCCACCAUUCAAGCAGCAGUCACCCCCCGGCCCUCACCGAGGUCAGAAGAAAAGAGGCCAGCGGUCCUCUCCAUAGACUGCAUCGACCCUCGGAAGGCAGAAGAGCCCAACAGGCUGGAGCCCGGGGAUGAGGUGGAACUGGUGGUAGUGGAUGAAGCGAAACCUGACCAAGUGGUCCAAGUAGGGGCUGGACUACCCUCACCCCUGAAAGAAGAAAUGAUCUCCCUGAUCAAAGACCACCGAGACGUCUUCGCGUGGUCCGCGGAUGAAGUGGUCGGAGUGCCACCCGAGCUCAUGACUCACCAACUCAACGUUGACCCGCAGGCCCGACCUGUGCGACAGAAACGAAGGCACUUCGGCCCCGAACGUAGCCAAGCCAUAUCGGAUGAGGUCGACAAGCUCUUGCCGGCCAAGAUGAUCCACGAGGUCCAAUAUCCCACCUGGCUGUCCAAUCCAGUCAUGGUAAAAAAGGACACCGGGGGAUGGAGAAUGUGUGUCGACUUCACCGACCUCAACAAGGCCUGCCCCAAAGAUUGCUAUCCUCUGCCAAGGAUAGACGCCCUCGUCGACGCGGCGAUGGGGUAUGAAAUCCUCUGCUUCCUAGAUGCCUUCAAAGGGUAUCAUCAAAUAGGAAUGAGUGAGGAGGAACAAGAGAAAACGGCGUUCUACACCGACCGAGGUACUUAUUGUUACACUACCAUGCCCUUCGGGCUAAAGAACGCCGGGGCGACCUACCAAAGGCUGAUCAACCGACUCUUCCAGAAUCAGAUCGGCCGCAAUGUGGAGGCCUAUGUGGAUGACAUCCUCGUUAAAAGCCUCGCCACUUCAUCCUUUCUGUCAGACGUGAGGGAAGUCUUUGGUGUCCUGCGAGACUCGAGGAUGAAGCUGAAUCCCAAGAAGUGCGUCUUCGGCGUCACCUCGGGAAAAUUCUUGGGGUAUCUGGUUUCCCACCGGGGAAUCGAGGCCAACCCCGACAAAGUGAAAGCCAUUCAGGACAUGUCCCCACCUCGGAACAUCCGAGAAGUCCAACGGCUGAAUGGACGCCUGGCCGCGCUGAAUCGCUUCCUGUCCCAAUCAGCCGAGAAAGCUCUGCCUUUCUUUAAGGUGCUGAAGAAUGCUGACCAGUUCGCCUGGACUGAGGAGUGUCAGGCUGCUUUCGACCAGCUGAAGCAGUACUUGCAUCACCUACCAACACUCGCUUCACCUCGGCCCGAGGAGAAGCUCUACCUCUACCUCUCCGCAGCCGACGAGGCUGUCAGCGCUGUGCUCAUCCGAGAUGAGGGCACCCAAGUGCCGGUCUACUACGACCGACCAGCCCAUUCGGCAAAUAUUGGUGCGACCCGAACUUCUGGUCGCCUCACCAAGUGGGCUGUCGAAUUGGGAGAAUAUGACUUGUCCUACGAGCCACGCACCGCCAUAAAAGCUCAAGCUUUAGCUGACUUCCUUGCUGAGCUCACCUUCACGGAAGGUCCAGAGUCCACCUCAGCCUUACCCGAGGUGUCCACCUCAUCCCUGUGGACAUUGUAUGUCGAUGGAUCCUCUAAUGGAGACGGCUGCGGAGCCGGACUGCUCCUGGAAGGACCUCAGGGGGAGGUUUGCUCUUACGCCCUCCGCUUUGACUUCCCGGCCACCAACAAUGAAGCCGAGUACGAGGCUCUAAUCGCUGGACUCCAGCUAGCCCGCAAGCUCGGCGCCCAGCAAAUCCACGUCCGCAGUGACUCCCAACUCGUGGUACGCCAAGUUAUUGGUGAGUACGAGGCCAAGGAUGAGACCAUGCAACGGUACCUCUCCAAAGUUCACCAACUCACCGCGUACUUCAAGUCAUUCGAAAUCCAAAGGAUCCCUCGGUCCCAGAAUAAGCGAGCCGACGCCUUAUCCCGGCUGGCUUCCACUUCAUUCUCUGACCUCAGCAAAACCGUCUUGGUGGAGGUCCUGAGUGAACCAGGGUACGUGGAAGAGGUGGCCUGCCCCGUGCACUCUGAAGAAACUUGGAUGACCCCGUUCAUCCUUUUCUUGGGUCAAGGAGUCCUUCCCGAAGACCGAGCUGAAGCAAGGAAGAUACAACGCAAAGCCGCUCGGUAUGCACUCCGCGAUGGAGAACUAUAUAAGCGCUCCUACCUCGGCCCAUGGUUGAGGUGUGUCACCCCCGAGGCAGGACGCGAGGUCCCCCACGAGAUCCACGAGGGCCUAUGUGGGGCUCACAUCGGCCACAGGAUGCUAGCUAAGAAAGCUAUGCUCCUGGGAUAUUUCUGGCCAUCACUUCGGCAAGACUCCCAGGACCUCGUUCUCGGCUGCCCUUCCUGCCAAGUCCACGCACCCGAGCACCACCAGCCUUCAAACUUCAUGGUCCCCAUCACUUCACCCUGGCCGUUUGAGCAAUGGGGGACAGACAUCAUAGGUCCCUUCCCCAAAGCCGUCGGGGGUUAUACAUUCUUAGUAACCGCUGUGGAUUACUUCACCAAGUGGGUCGAGGCCGAGCCACUUCGGACCAUCUCAGGGCUGGCCAUUCAAAAAUUCUUUUGGAAGUGCAUUAUCUGCCGCUUCGGCAUACCUCGGGUCAUCAUCUCGGACAAUGGGAGACAGUUUGCCGAGAACCCGUUCAAGACUUGGUGCGAGAACCUCGGCAUCAAACAACACUUCACUUCGGACCCGACUACACCGAGUUGGGUCAUCUUGGGUGGAGGAACUCCCCAGUGUCCUGUGGUCGUAUCGGACCACGCCGAGGUCAGCGACGCGAGAGACCCCAUUCUCCCUGACCUACGGCGCCGAGGCGGUCAUCCCGGCUGA